AUGGCCGAGACUGAAGAGAAAGUGUCGCCCUCACUGCACUACAGCGAUGGCGAGCAAAACGGUCGAGCUUCUAUUGACACCAUUUCCCCAGGUGUUGCGAGAAUUGAGGCAACUGCGGAGCACCUCACAUCUGCCAACCGAGCAUGGAUACUCUUCGGUGUUCUGCUCAUCGCCUGGGCCUAUGGCUUGGACAGUACGCUGCGAGUAGCCUUCCAGCCUAUUGCAGUGAACGCCUUGAAUGCUCACUCCCUCUUGGCGACAGUGACUGUGGUGCGCGCUGUUAUAGGUGCCGCUGCUCAGCCCACGGCAGCCAAAAUUGCGGAUGUGUUCGGUCGCAUUGAAGUGCUUCUGGUGUCCGUGGUCUUCUACGUCCUAGGCACAGCCAUCGAAGCAUCAGCCAACAGUCCCGCAACUUUUGCCGUCGGCAGCUGCUUCUAUCAGAUUGGCUACACGAUCGCUGUCUUGAUUGUCGAGGUCAUUGUCGCCGACACAACUUCCCUUCGGUCCCGCUUGUUGUUCUCAUACAUUCCAGCCGCUCCGUUCAUUGUCAAUACGUGGAUCGGUGGCGAAGUGCUGGUGGUUGUCAGAGGCUCAACUGCCUGGCGUUACGGCUUCUGGAUCUGGUGCAUAGCUUUUCCGAUCUGCGUCCUGCCACUUCUCGGCUCCUUGUGGUGGGUCAGCUACAAAGCAAAAAGGGCUGGAGAUCUCCAGCAUUGCAAGACACCAUUCCAAGAGCACGGCGGUUGGGAACUCACCAAAGCACUGUUCUGGCAGCUUGAUGCGAUCGGCAUUCUCCUGACAAUCUGCGUCUUUGGGUUCCUUCUAGUCCCCCUCACCAUUGCUGAUGGCCCUGACGCCUCUUGGGGAUCUCCAAAGAUUGUUGCGCCGCUUGUUAUUGGGGUGCUGUGCAUCCCGGUCUGGAUACGAUGGGAAACCAUUGCGCCGCACCCUAUGGUUCCAUUCUACCUACUCAAAGAUCGUGCUGUGUGGGGCGCGCUUGCGAUUGCUUUCUUCCUGAUGUUCUCAUGGGGCUGUCAGGGCGACUACCUCUUCUCCGUUCUACGUGUAGCCUUCAAUCAAAGUGAGAAGUCGGCAAACCGUAUCGCUGCGCUCUACAGCUUCUGCUCCACGUUGACCGGUAUCUUCGUCGGAAUGAUCGUAUACCGUGUCAGACGCCUCAAGCCGUUCAUACUGUUUGGCACGUGUCUUUUCAUGGUCGCUUUCGGUCUCAUGAUACACUAUCGUGGUGGCGUCGGCACCCGCGCAGGCAUCAUCGGAGCUCAGAUGCUUCUUGGAAUCGCCGGUGGCUUCUUUCCUUACGCUGCUCAAGCUAGCAUCCAGGCCGCAACCAGUCAUGAGCACGUUGCCGUCAUCACAGGACUAUACUUGGCCACUUACAACGUCGGUAACGCGCUCGGAAACGCAAUGUCAGGCGUCAUCAUGUCCCAAGUCCUAUCGGUUCAGCUCAAGAGUCGCCUUAGCAAAGAAGUCGCCGAUGCGUGGUACGACAGACCACUCGAUCGAAUUCAACAAUUCCCGCCUGGUACAGCAGAGCGGGAUGCUGUGAUCGAAGCAUACAAGUACUUCCAGCGAGUAGUCUGUAUCAUCGGUGCCAGCGCCUGUCUCGGAUUGAUCAUCUUCGCCUUCUGCAUCCGCAACCCCAGGCUUCCAGACACACAGUCUCUACCUUAUGAAGAGCUCCCACAGAGAGAAGUUGAUGCCGACAAGGGGUAUGAAAUGUCGCAAUCGCCUGAACAGCAGAGGUCCUACCUGAACUGCGUGCCAGUCGAGCGCCAAUAG